CAGAUGCAUGUUUUCAGUGGACUACAGGCAUUUUACAUUUUUUAGGGUAGAGUGUUUUUUUUUUUAUUCUAUACAUGUAGGAUGUGAGCACCUGUCAGUCUCAGAGCAUAUUAGUCUGUCUCUCUUCCCUCGUGUUUGUCAUGACAUGUGCCGCACUUACCAAACUCCUCGUGGUCAUUCUCGUGGCAUUCAUCCUGUGCCUGCCAGAGUUCUUCUCUCCCCGAGGGUUAAAGAUAUCCUUCUGCUGUGAGAGCUUCAAGCCUUGCGUAGACCGCUCUGAUGGUGGGUGUGAGAUGUCAGUGGGCACGUGGGUGAAGGACCAACCCUGCAGUGGAGAGACAAAUACCACAGAGCAGAACAUCUCAUACUGGCUGUGUGAAACACAGACCGACCUAACAAAUCUCUUUGGAAAUGGCUCUGUUGUAGACCCACUGGAAGUGUCUCUCUUGGUCCAGAUUGACAGUCCCUCAGCACGUAAUGUGACCAACCAUUAUCAUUUGAAAAAUGCCAGUUCUCUUAUAAGCUCAGAAACCCAUCAGGGGCUCUUCCACUGCUGUAUGAGCCCCAAUGAAACCCAGAACCUCCUACAGAAUAGCGCUCCUACUCCACAUCACUGUCUCCUACAUGUUCAACGAAGAAAUCAGACAGAAACCUUUUACUUCCCUCAUCAAAUGAAAGGAAAUGGACAAUGUCUGAGCCAGCGUGUGUGGCUUGCUCUUGUCCUUGUUGUGAUAUCUAUAACGGUGGUGACUGUUGUUUAUCAGACUCUCUGCAGGACACUGCUUCUGAAGAGGAGAGUUGAGCGUCUUCCUGACAGUGCAGACCAACCUUGUCGUCGACUCACCAUCAGAAGAAGUACAUCAUGUGCUGACAUACCAGAUCUGGCAUUACCACCCAGAGGCUCCGCAGGAGAUGUGUUCUCUGAAGUCUCACCCCAGGAGGAAGCAGAAGAUAACAUCUGGCCUUCCCUCCUUCCUAAUGAGACACUUCUUAAAGUCUACAGGUGUAGGAAAGGACUCUCACCUAUUCGUGAAGUUGAAAAUCAUGAAGUCAGUGGCGAGGUACAAGAAUGUGGGGGCUCACUGCUGCUGAACCAAGACUUCAGUCACAGUCAGUGGGGACCACUGUCUCAGCUGCACCACCGUGGACACCCACCACCCCUCAGUUUGAUGUCUGUCACACGAGAGGAUGAGGAGGACUGGUAUAACUGAACGUGUUUUAUUAUUUUUUUUAUUAUCUUCAAUAAUAUGGCUCUUGAUUUCAUUAUCAGGAAAACAUUCUG